AUCUGCUCUUUCUCAAUGGAAAAGAAUAGAUUCUGCUUCUUUCUAGCUAUUAUUGGCAUGGGAAUUGUGCGCUCAAAGGAAGGGGUCUCUGCAGGGCUGGAGAACAGGUAUAAUUUUCAAACAUCUUCAGAGAAAGAAAUAACGCAGAGCUAUGGAUAUCCUAUCAUGGUAAGCACACAAGAGGAUUCUACAUUACCUCAAAGAAAGAACAAGGGCAUAUAUUACAACAUAGUAAGAAAAGAGACAGGAGAAAUGACUCAUGGAAGUGAUCUCCCUCCUCAAAGUACUGUCAAUGUCACCAAAAAUGGCCAAACUUGUAUUCUGUUUGGAGUCAAGAGAAUAAUAAUCAGAUUUAAGAAUCAAACUCAGCUGGACCUGAAAAAUACAAAUUUCAGCCUGUAUGACAACGUGGAUGUGGUUGAUUCGAACUGCAAUGAAGAAAAUUCCACGCUUACCUUGAAGUUUCUCAAGGUUGGGCAUUUAAAAGGACUUGCCUUAAGAUUUGUAUUAGUAAAAAGUUACUACAAGCUGUCCGUGCAGAACUGGUACAAACUGCAAAGCUUACAGAUACUUCUUAACCAUUCUGUGCAAGCAACAUUCAGCACCUCCAGAAUAUUUGCUCCCGUCAGCUAUUCUUACCACUGUCAGCAUGUCAGCAGCCUACACAAAUACGAUGCGCUGUUAGUCCCCAGCUCCGCCGAAAACAGCUCGCGGCUGUGGGAUGUCACGUUCCAGGAUUUCCAGAUACAGGGAUUUCUCAUUGAAGCCGGAGAGUUUGCAUAUGCCAAGGACUGUACUACCUACUUUUCACCAGCAAUUCUUAUGGGUCUAGUCAUGUCACUUAUCCUUCUGUUAGUUUUGGCCUACGCACUCCACAUGCUGAUACAUUUGAAAUCAAUGGACAGACACUAUCAGAGGAAAUGCUCUGCCACCUAUUUUCCUAAAAUGAAGGACAAUUACCUGGAAGAUGAGAGGGAGCCCCUCAGAGGCAACGGACAGGAAUACUAUGAGCUAAGACAGCCGGAGCACUGUAGACUAAGCAUUCAGCAGUUUGCAUCUGUUUCUCAUUAGCUUUAUAAUUGACCAUUGUUCCCCUUUGUGUAUUUCUCUUAUUCUGAUUUCACAUUAAACACAGUUUCCAAGAAAUUACUCCCCAGAUAAAGACCUUAUAAAAUAAACUCUUGUGCAACACAGUAACUCCGGAGACCAAAGACCCUGAAAGACUCUUGUGAAACUACAGAGCAUUUUGUCACAACGAUGUUUAUUGCCCACAGUAUAUUGGUGAUGUGUUAGAUUGUGAAUCAAAAACAGUAAAGGUAAUCAUGACAGCCACGUCCCCGCCAACGAAAAAUAAUUUAUGAGGUGAAUAAAAAUCUGGUUGUUGGUCGCAUAAGAUGAACGUGAUUUGCCUUCCCAGUGAAAAUCACAUGAAGCACAUGAAUGUACAAAAAUGCAAAAGCUUCAUGUGACCGCAAGCAAAAUAUAGAAUGCUAGGAAAGCAUAAGGCUAGAGUUAAAGGGAUUGUCUGCGUUCUAAUAA